AUGGCGCCACUCGUAAUCAACGUGUCCGGCGAGUCGAUCAUCAGUCGGCAUCCCGAACGCGCCGUGCUACACCUUGCCGUGACAUCGGACGGCCCGGAGCAGGAAACGGUAUCCAAAGAUGUGACCACCACAUCCAACGAGCUCCACCAACUUUUCAAGGGUCUAUCACCCAAGAACGACAACGGCUAUUCAAAUGUCGACGCACCCGUGACAACCUUUUCAUCCACACUUCUCCGCACAUGGUCCAUAGUUCCGACAGACGAGAAGAACAAGCCUUUGGACCGAGUGCAUCACGCCACAUCAUCUUUUGAAGUCAUUUUCCGCGACUUUGGCAAAUUAAGCGAAGUCGCUGGAAAGCUAGUGGCUCACCCCAAAGUCGAAAUCGACUCAAUCGACUGGCGUCUGACUGAUGCCACCAAGAAGGCUCUUGGCAGUGAAUCGCGCAAGUUGGCCAUUCGUGAUGCUAUCCACAAGGCAACCGAUUACGCCGAAGUUAUUGGGCAGGAGGUCGUUGCAGUCGAGAUCACCGAUGGAGGAUCUGCAUCGCAUGUUCGAGCUAGGUACAUGGCUGCCGCUCCUGCGCCCGCAAGAGCGCGCGGUCUGUUCGGCGCAUCUCCCCAGAUGGAGGAUGAAGCCGACACCGCCCUCGAUCUGAAUCCCCAGCAAAUCGAGUUCACAGGCGUAGUAGAUGUCAAAUUUGAAGCGGUGCAGAAGUGA